AUGACCGAGGUAAACGCGCCUGCCGUUGACAAUAUGCGCCGUCUAUCCGACCAAAUCCCGGCAGAGUGUCUUUGUGACAUCUUCCGCUCCCUUGUCGCCGAUGGUUACAGCGACAGUCUCCUCGCGGCCACACACGUCUGCCGCUUCUGGCGGUACGUCGCGCUGGGCGACGCCACCCUCUGGCGAAGGCCGUCCAAUUGUAACCCUUGCCUACUUGAGGAAAUCCUUCCAAGAAGCAAGAACUACACACUGGAUCUUGUCAUAGACCAGCGGUACAGCCCGGAAGGGCUGAACCCUUCUCCGCCCGACAACCCUAUAGCGGAUCCUCAGCUGGGCCUACUCUGGUCGGGUGCUGUCAUGGUCAAGCUGGGAAAUAUCCGCCGUGCCCGCUCUCUCGUCAUCGACGCCAACGCCGAUGCGAUAAUCAAGCUCGCCGCGUUAGCCGAGUACAACGGGCUUGCGAGGCCCGCACCGCACCUGGAAUCUCUCAAGAUCGUCUUCUCCGAGGUCCUUGGCCCCUUCAAUUUACAACUCCCCUUCCUCGGCGGCAUCGUGCCCAAACUGAGACACCUGUCUCUGCACGAGUAUUCUCUCCACUACUCGAAUCAUACGUUCCUCUUCAGCAACCUCCGCUCCUUGGAGCUCUCCUGUCGCUCGACACACUGCCACAGGCUCGUCAAG